AAAAACUAUCAAAAAAAAGAUUGUAGAAGAAGGAAUUAAGGGCGUGAACGCUUUUUAAAGUGCGAAGACUCGCGAACAAAAAGUUUUAUUUUGUUGUUGACAUAAGGCUUGAUAUUCCUCCUGUUCUGUGUUGAUCUGUGGACAUGGAGAAACUGACGGGGUGUUUUCUGUCGGUGCUGCUGCUGGCGGUGCCGAGCUCUGUUUUAGCCGAAGAUACGUUUUUCGGGGAAGGUGGUGAGCUGCUGUUGAGGCCUUCUUUCUCCGAAGAUAUCACCAGCAUCCUGUGGAAACACAACAUCAAUCUGGUGGCAGAAUGGGUGAAAGAUAUAGUUGAUCUGCAGUAUUACGGUGACUUUAAAGGCCGAACAACCCUGAACUCAACCACUGGAAGUUUGGAGAUCACACACAUGAGUCCCGCUGACAGCGGGGUGUAUUCAGUGGAAAUCAACGACAAGGUCCAGCCUGAGCGCUACACUGCAAAAGUGAUCGAAAGAGUGCCGAAGCCUGAUGUGUUGGUGGGACCGCUGAUAUGUAACCCUGAAUUGGAACAGUGCACCCUGACCUGUGAGGGAAACAUCACGGGAGCUGAACCUGUCACAUACAGCUGGAAGAAUGGAGGAGAAGAGUGGAAGGAUGGGAAGAAGGUCAGGGAUAUCACCAACGAUGAGACAACAUCUAGUGUUGAAACGUUCUCCUGCCGGAUGAAGAACCCAAUCAGUGAGGAAGAAAGUAAACCCAAACGCAACCCUUUCUUCAAAACAGAGCCUCCACCUGCAGUCUUCGGAUCUGUCCAUGUCUAAUCAGAAAAGGUGAUGAUGAUGAUGAUGAUGAUGAUGAUAAUGCAGCUUGAAGUGGAUGAUCACUUUGGUUUCCUGAUGAAGAUUAAAGCAUGUCAGUACUCCAGUCACAGAGAGGCAAUGUCUUGUGUUUAGCAGUUAAACAUGAAAACAAGAUUUCUCUUUUUUUAUUGCUUUUUAGAACAGCGUUGUAUAUCUGUAUGUAUAUUUUUUGCUACUUUAUACUUCUUCCUUACCACAUUUCAGAUCAGUUUUCCAUAUUUCCAUCAAUAUUAUGUCAUUUUUUUCUUUCUUUAUUUGUGACACAAUUGAUCAAAGUGAGUCUGUAAAAGAAAAGUAUAAAAGGAUCAUAGAAAUGACUGUUUUCAUGAUGAAUCUAAUGGAAAUUUUGUUUUGAGUUUGGAUGUUUUUUUUUUUUUUUUUAAGCAUUUAUUUUUGUUUUUGAUAUAUUUUAUAUUUUAACUGUCAGAACAGGCAUGGAACCUUAUAAUAUGGCAUGAAUAUUUCUAACAUUAAUAAAAAUACUUAUUUGCAAAAUAUUGAAUAAAAAGAAAAUACUCUGCUUUGAAUAAUAA